UAGCAAUUAGCUGUAUUGCAAUAGGCACUCGACACCUUGCUCGACCUGAAACGAGGCUUUUUUCUUCUUCUCGCCGUAAAAAGUUUGCGAGAGUAGCAGAAUCUAGGAACAGACCUUUCGCUCCUCCCGAUAAUGCGUAUUUGUACAUGACGACCAUGCCGCGCCUCAGGUCAAAGGCCUACUUGACUUGCUUCUAUUGCGGCCGGAAGACCUCAACGCGCAACGAUGGUAGCGUCCGCCGCUUCGAGUGUCCUUCCUGCGAGGCUACCAACUACCUAGACGAGAAUGGAGAGAUUACGGAUCCUCCACUCGAGGCGACCGCGCCAUCAGGAGGGAGUGACGACAAACCCCCAACCAUGAGAGAUCUGUUGGCAUCCCAGCCCGAUAAUGAUGUCUUCUGUGCCGAGUGUCUGAAAAACCAAAGGUUGUUUACGGCUUCUUUGGCGCAAUAUCUACCUGGGGAUCCCGAUGACCCCGAGUAUGAUACCCGCGAGCGCAACUUCUACAAAUUCCGCAAUAACCUCGAAAGGCAAUACCCGCAGACCUGCUCCAAAUGUGAACCUAAGGUUCUCGAAAGAAUAGCCCAGGCCGGUUAUACAGCCAAGACAGAUCAUUUGCGGCGGAUGAUUGAUCGGAGCCUAAAGGCUCGGACUGCGGAGCAAGCAAGCGCCAGCGGUCCUCUGGGCAUUCUUUCAGCGGUGGGACGGUACCUGUGGCUCGCUGGCUUCAUCUUGCAAGGGCUGUGGCACUUGGAAAUGAUGCAAGAACUUGUCGCAACUGUAGAAUUCCCUUGGCUGCGUAGUUUUGGGAUCAGGCAACUGCUAGGAGUCCUAGCAUGGUUACUCUCCCUGCUGCCAGAGCCAGAGUGGCUCAUGAAGUGGAGCAUUAUGAGCACUGCAGUCAGUCUCUGGUGGAACCCCUUUUUCGUCAAGACUGUUCGUGGCUUCACGAAGCACUUGCUGGGCAUCGGGACAUGGUAUACCUAUCAAGCAGUGAUCAUGUUCUUUCGUGUCCUGGCACCUGGGAUACCCAAUCUCUCACGGGAGCAUGGAUCGGCCGUGUCUGCACAGCUCACAAUGCACUCUCUAACCUGCAUUUUUAUGUUCUACAUCACGAAACUGGCGUUGGGCUCCAUUCGGGUCGAUACAACGCCCCUUUUCGGUAAUAAAAGUUUGUCAACACCGAAACCACCGGACGUCCCUCCGCAAGCCCACCAAAGAGGGCCGUCGGGUAAUACCAUGCUUGAUACGUUGGACGAGGUACUGGCCUCACCCAUUCCCGCGCGCGAGAGCGAUAGCGAGACUGAGACUCAAAGCCUUCCUCCGAAAAUCCGGCCAAGGUACACGGAGGGUCCGCUUCGAGGCCAGCAAAUGUCACAGCGCGGUGGCUUGUUUGCCCCUGAAAACGCCCGAGGGUCAACCUUCGGCUGUCAAGAUGACGCACCGCAGCAGACAGAAUACGCAUCAGAGAUGGACUGGCAGCCUACCGAAUCACCACCUCGUGCGUUCAACCCCUUCAGCGCCCCUGAACAACCUUUGCGCAGUUUUAACGACGCGCCUGUAAACGAUAAGCACGGUCCAUUUUGGUUCAAAGUGCCUCCUGCUCCAGCCACCAGCAUGGCCCGCAGAGGUUUGAAUUCUGCUACGGCUUCCAGUACCGCACUCCUGCAGAAACAACCAGAACCAGUCCAACAACGCCGGUUCUUUGCCUCAAGAGACGAGGAGUUAAGAAAGGAACAAGAGGCCCGUGAUGAGAGGAAUAGGAAAGAGGCGGAAAGGACAAAGUAUAUCAAAAGCCCAUCAUUCAGAUACAGGGCAAAUGAUCCCCGUGAUCCGUUGUCUGACAUGUUUGAGGACACUUUCAAGAUCAGCCCUACCCGCGCAGCACCAGCGCAGCAGGCUGCACGGAACGUGGAGAGUACUAAGCAAGAGGUUGUCGCACGGCAGGUGAAGGCAUCGGACUUUUCUAUUCUGAUACUGUCUGCUCUGCUCCUGAUCCCUGGCUAUGAGACGGUUGUUCCAAUGGAGUACGGAGUAUAUAUGGCUCUGAGCAUAUGUUGCACAAGUCUUAUCAUCUGGGUUCGAGUCAAUCUCGAAACAUUCAAGACGAUGCAGGUGCAGGAUAGGCACAGGUCAAAAGCUAUUGCGUAUACAGUCGCGACCGGACUGGCAUUAUCAGAAGUUGGGUUUCUUGCCUGGACCGGAAUGAUGGCACAGGAUUCAGGGGAGCACAAUGCGCUUAUGGCAUUCUCCAGUGAGGCAAAAACCGUAUUUCUUAGCCUGCUAGUCAUACACCAGGUGUGGAACCUGUUUGCUGUUCAAUUGGUCGUACAUCCUUAGCUGGAGUGACGACCAUGGACGAGGUUGAGCUGGGUGCUUCAGCACGAGUAUUGAACGGACCCGAGUAUGCACGGUUGGUCAGAUGGACAUCGUCUUAUAGUCUUUUAACCUUGGAAACUCGGCAAAUUGAUAUGCCUUACUGCUUGCUUCAUCCUCAC